AUGGCCGACGACGAUGGUAGCAGCAACGGCGGAGGCAUCAGGGAGGAUGAGGUCCACGUACAGAUCAUAGGAUGGCAGGAGGAGGAGGAUGAGAGGGAGACCAUCAAUCACAUGGGAAUGGCAUGGCAAGGGAAAUCCUGGGUCGGAGGAGAGGAGCCUGCUCUCUCUGUCUCAGCAGCAGCAGCUGGCGGUGUGGAUAUGCGCGGCGAUGAAGAGAGUCUAACCCUAUACCCCCAAUCUCUAUGGUGCCAACUUCUCCCGCCAUCCCGGCCACCAUUUUUCCCCAGCCGCCCUAUCCAUUUCGCACCCGCGCUGUCUCCGUGGACCAAAUCUCUAGCCAGAGUACGUGAGGGGCGCCGCCGUCCGAGCGCCUUCUACUCCCACGCGCCCCAAGCGCCGCCGCUCGCGGGCUCCAGAUGCACCCCCGGCACCGCCGCCCGCACGCCACCGACCAUCGGCCCCAGGCGCUGUCGCCCACGAGCUCCAAGCACGCCGCCGACUAGGCGCCCCAGCCCCAGGAAUUUUGGUUCGGAUUCAGUCAAGUUGCUGUUGGUGAAAGUGACCAAUAAUUUGCUUCCUCGUUUCCACUGGGCUUUGCUAUUUCCUCUCCAGCUCGACCCAUCAGUGAACAUAAGUCAUGAUUGUACCAUCGUACCAUUUGCAGAGAAGGAAUGCAAGGGAGCACAACAUCUGCAGAAAGAAGCCGUGAUAGUUUGUGUGUCGCUUGCUGAACCAACAUUUGCAGGAAUAAGGAGGGCAAGAGUGUUGUUCAGCACACUGGCUUGUACCGGUGGCUCUUCUGUUGGAAUAGAAACUCCCGAUGAAAAAUUGAGUAGAAUUGCUCUUGGAAGAUUCUGUGGCCAUGAAAAUACAGCAACUACAAGUGGUGGUGGUACCUACUCUCCGCCGCAGGAUGAAUUUCCAUUCUUUUGA